AUGUUGCGGCGAGCUAUAACGCAGAUCGCACGCGCGACAGCUCCUGCCCGUGGCUACGGUGUGCGCUUUGCCACGAUCAAUGGGAACCAAGUGCGCACGGGUAUGGCGCUCGAGAUCGAUGGAAAAAUCUACCGCGUGGGCAAGAACCAGCACGUGAAACCCGGUAAGGGUGGAGCCUACGUCCAGGCGGAGCUCAAGGAGAUCAAGACCGGAGCCAAAAUGAACCGCCGCUUUCGCGCCGCUGAGAGUGUAAACAAAGCGCCUCUGGGUCCCGAUGAGCCGUUCCAGUUCCUGUACUACAAUGGAGAUCAUUUGGUUAUCAUGCACAAUGGCACCUUCGAGCAGAUGGAGAUCGAACGUGAUCUAUUCUCGGGUCGGCAGCUGGACUUCCUGCAAGAAGGCAUGACGCUGUCGUUGCAGAUCAUCGAGGGCGAUGUGCUUUGGGCCAAUAUGCCCGAGCACGUGACGCUCGAAGUGACGAAAACCACCCCGAAAGGUGUGGCGGAUACGGCGCUGAGCGUCAAGGACGCGACGUUGGAGAACGGUGCCGUAGUCAAGGUACCGCUCUUUAUCGAGAUCGGCAACAAGGUCAAGGUGUCUACCGAGGACGGUGCGUACGUGGACAAGCUGUAG